CAUCUAUGGUUGAAUUUCUAUGAAUUUACAACCACACAGAUGAAAAACGAUCUUAUGUGAAUAUAUUUUCUGUUCCUUGUAACAAUUCUACAUCUGCCCUUCUUAGCAAAGUCAGCUGUGUCUUCUACGAAAACAACUAAACAUGGGUGAUAAAGCGACUCGUUUUCACCCCGUUCACUUCGAAAACAUUAACAAGCAACUGGAAGAACUAAAGUGUAAGCAAGUCCAAAUCGUUGCCCAAAAGCGCGACUUACAAAUUGUUCGUCAUCAGCUGGAGACCCAAUACAAUGCUGUUAAAGAAACGAACGUACAAAUUAAAUCCGAGAAUACCAAGUUACACGAAAGAGUUAAAACCACAAGACAGAAUAUAGAGACUUUAUGCCAAAGAGCAAAGAAUAUAGGGAUCAAAAUUCAAGAGCAGAAAAACAGCACCAAACAUUGGUCUAAUACUACCUUUCAGGAACAAAAUGAGUUUACACUCUGGAUCAGGCAGUGGGGAAAGCAAAUGUCAGACUUAUCAGAGCAAUUUUUUAAAGCUGCAAGAUUAUUUCAAGAAGAAAAUGUAACAGUUGAAUUGGAGAAAAGUAAAGAAAGAGAAAUACAAUUAAACGAGAACACAAAAGAAAUACAACAAGCUAUUGAGAAUUUUACAAACAUGAUGCAGGCCAUGAAGCUUAAAUGGGAAGGAAACAAAGUUCUUCAAUUUCUAGUGGGAGAAGAAGCAACCACAGUUAGUGAACAUGCGAAAAAAUAUCAAAAUGAAUUGGAAUGCUCCUUAAAAGAACAAGAAAGACUUUCUGAAGAGAUAAGCCGAAUCAAACUCUGGAUGGAUAAUGAUGAAGUUACAAUCUAGUAAUUUUAAAUGCUCUAUUAUAAGAGAGGUUUUAUUCAAACUGCUAAUCUAAUAUUUCAAAACCAGUCAUACCAACUUUCCAUCUCCAUAGUCCUUUGGUUCACCUGUAAACAGAACCACAAAACAGUUGUUUUUACUUUUGUUGAUGUAUUUUUUUAAUAAACAUGGUUUACCUGA